ACAGGCUGAUAAAAUAUCUUUUGGAGCAAGGAAACACUUUAGUCGUUUAAGUUAUUUAACAUGGAUAUAGAUGGCCUACGGUCACGACUUGACUCUGCGGGUCAGGGUCACCUGUUGGCGUUCUGGGACACUCUCACGGAUAGUGAGAAACAAUCAUUAUAUAAAGAACUUGAUCAUAUGAACUUUGCUGAAAUCAAUCAAUUUUUUGAGACUGCAAUGCAGUUAUCUAAAAAUGCAGCAGACAAAGUGGAUGACCUACUUGAACCAUUACCAGCAGAGGUAUGCGGUAGUGUCUCACGAACGGAUGCAGAAACAUUAGAAAAGUAUAAUUCAAUAGGUCUACAAGCAAUUGGCAGCAACAGUGUGGCAGUACUACUUCUAGCUGGUGGUCAGGGUACAAGACUUGGCGUGAACUACCCUAAAGGCAUGUACAAUGUUGGCUUGCCAUCUGGUAAAACUCUGUACCAACUGCAGGCAGAAAGAAUUCUUAAAGUUCAACAGAAUGCUAAAGAAUUAACAAAUAAAGAUUGCGAAGUUCCAUGGUAUAUCAUGACAAGUGAGCACACAAAGGAACCCACCCAAGAGUUCUUUGCAAGCCAUGACUAUUUUGGAUUGAAGAAAAAUAAUGUUACACUUUUUGAACAGAAUCUCCUGCCAUGUAUAGGUUUUGAUGGAAAAAUAUACCUGGCAAACCAGCACAAAGUUGCUCUAGCACCAGAUGGCAAUGGUGGGUUGUAUAAAGCUUUGACAAGCAGUACAGUUCUAGCAGACAUGGAAUCAAGGGGAAUCAAAUAUGUACACGUUUAUUGUGUAGAUAAUAUUCUAGCUAAAAUGGCAGAUCCAGUGUUUAUAGGAUUCUGUCUCAACAAGGGAGCUAACUGUGGAGUUAAAGCAGUUGAAAAAUCAAUCCCAACAGAACCAGUAGGUGUGGUAUGUAAAGUUGAGGGAAGAUAUGAAGUUGUUGAAUACAGCGAGAUUACCCUAAAAACUGCUGAAAAACGGAAUUCUGAUGGACGGCUUACAUUCAAUGCUGGAAAUAUAUGUAACCACUUCUUUACCAUGGACUUUCUGAAGACAGUAACAGAUCCUAGUACAGAAUCUAAAUUACAACAUCAUAUUGCAAAGAAGAAGAUCCCGUAUGUUAACAGUGCUGGUGAAAUUAUCAAACCCACUGAACCAAAUGGCAUAAAAAUGGAAAAAUUUGUCUUUGAUGUUUUACGGUUUGCGACGAGCUUUGCUGUAUGGGAAGUACUAAGAGAGGAUGAGUUCUCCCCCUUGAAGAAUGCAGAUGGCGCCGCGAAAGACACACCCACCACCUGCAGACAAGAUCUGUGUAGCCUACAUCGUCGUAUGAUGCUUCAAGCCGGGGCAAAGUUUGUUCAUAAAGAUGGAUCGGAGAUCCCUCACAUACCAAGUAAUAGGAACAAAGCAGAGGCAGGAGAUGGCCAGAGAACAUGUGAAGAAUUCAAUGAAAUAGUAUGUGAAGUUUCACCACUGGUGUCAUACUCUGGUGAGGGCUUGAAUAGCAUUGUAUCAGGUCAAAGUUUUCAGCCCCCAGUAACCUUGGAAUUAGACAAAGAUGGCAAACUGCAGGUUUCACAGGGAAUCAACAAGAGUUAAUGAUUGGUCUAACUAUAGGUCACAUGACUGACUUUUGAUUGGCCUAGAAUGAAGUUAUUGUUAUGAUUGAUUUCAUUGGCUUAAUAUUCAUUGUUGACAUGUUAGACUGAUUCUUAUUGGUUAAAGUUGUGACUUUUCUCUUUCUGUGAUGUAACUAUAACUACAGUGCAUAUACAUGUAUUAUUCUAUUUAUAGACAUAAGCAUUAUCUAUAUUAUAUUACUAGUUUAUUUAAAUUUUAUACAAAUGACUCUGUUCCAGGUUUUAAUAAUUUUAUGCUGCUGACCGAAAUUGCUCAGGCUUCUUUUAUACUAAAAAGCUUAAAAAUUUUGUUAAGACAUUAAUUUUGUUUUGUACAAAACUUGGACAUUCCUUAAGAAGUUAUUGUACAUGUACAAUGUAUUAUGCCAACAAUUUUAAACAGAAAAUGGCAUGUUUCGAGAGUAACAUAUCAGAAAGUUAAAACUUAAAUCAGCUUUAUGUCUUACUUAUUUCUUAAAGAAUAUUAUAUGUUUAGAAAAUGUAGACAUUUCUUUUUUACGUAAAAAAGGAAAUUGGUUUUAUAACUUGUUUUGAACAAUUUUUAUGCAAUUGUUUUGUGUUGUUUUUUUUAUGAUUUUUAUAUAAUAUUAUUUAUUAGUGGAUUUUGAAGGUUAAGUUUGUGUUUGUUUUUCCAGCGUCAUAUCAGUUUGUGGGCUUAACAGUUUGUAAUAAUAUACAGUUUGAUGAAAGCAUAGCUUUAUUAAUUGGUGAAGGCAAAAUUUUUUUUCUUGAUGUAUACCUGAAUUUUGUUUUCAUUACUUCUAUAUGCAUGUUUAUACAUGUAUAUGUAUGUAGUAAGUAAAUUCUGUAUAGACUGAUGAUAUAAUGAAUGAGCUUUAUUUAUUAAUGGAUUGCUAUAACCAGUCUGCUGAGUUUGAAGGGAAUAAUAGUCUGGUUUAGGAACUCAUCCAUAAUCUCCUGGAAGCAAAAGGUGAUAAUAUUUGGUUUGCUGUUGCCUGGUUGAGCAUCUUAACCUUUAACCAGUGAUUGAACUGAAAAUGAUUAAUAACUUAUCCCACCAGUGUAGAGCAAAGCUAGUGUGCAGUUCCAUGCAGUGUGACCAGGCUCUAUAUUGUUGAUACCUCAGCUUUCGAAUUUUGUAUUUGAAAUCCCUUAAAAUCCAAAUAGACUGUUCUAAAUUCAAUACUAGGCAAAUCCAUUAUACACAUUUAGCAGGUUAAAUCUUAGGCGUUCAAUUCUUUUUUGCAUAUUUUCUGUCUGCGAUCAGAUUAUUUAAGAAAGAAAAGAAAACCAUAAAGAUCAUACAACAAAGAAAAAUGAAAAUGUUGCUGACUUGGUUGAAUCAAGUUAGUUUUAUCUUUGUUUAUUUAUACAAUGUAUUUGGAUAGUGAAAAAGGAAGAUAAUUGAGGACUCUUGUUUUAUCUGUGGACAUUAAAGCAGCAUGCCUCCAAAUCCAUGCUAAUUUUGAAAAUGUAUCUAAAAGUAAAAUAUUAUGAUUUUAACAAAAACAUGUAAUUUAUUCAUUGCAAACAGUGCUUACCAUCCACAUAAAUUACCAAAAGAGGUCAAAAUACGCACAAAAAAAGCCCUUACUAUGUCAGUCAGGUGAAAAAUACACAAAAUCAGUCAUUAAUCACACAUGACAUUUAAAUUAUAACUUGAAUCUUGAAUCGUUUUACUUUUCUUAAGAUUUAAGUACAUUUUGUCAAGUUUAUUUUCCUUUAAAUAUGUUGGCUCAUCUGGAGGCAUGCAGCUUUAAAGGAGACAAAAAAAUGCAUUUUCAUGACAUCAAACUAUUAUAUAUUUCAUUUACAAUUAUAAGUUAUAUGUCUGUUUGUUCUUUAUAAAGCAUAUUUUACAUGUAAAUUUGUUGUGCAUGAAAAAAGUGUUGACGUUGUUACAGGAUAAUUUGUUAUGAAGAAUAGUUAAGUGCUUGACGGGUGCCAUGUUAGUUAUAUAUAUAGCAAUUAUUGUUAAACUUUACUUUCACUGACUGCCAAUAUCUUGU